UAGUUUUCCUAACAAUUUUUUAAUCAAAACCUGGUUCAAUUAAUCUGUGAUAGCAAUUAGGUAUCUCAUUCCCAAACAGGGCCACUUCAAAUCCUCCCUCAGUUGAACCUCGCGAAAACAGUGUCCGGCGAGUUCUCCGUCCAUCUCAGACCCUUCAGAAAAUGGCUUUAGGUGGACCAGCUCCCCCAAGAGGAAGUGCAGCAGCUACUGCUAGCAUGAGGAGAAGAAAAACAACCAGUGGCGGGGCCUCUGGAGGAGCAGCUGGGAAUAUGCUUCAGUUUUACACUGAUGAUGCCCCUGGACUCAAGAUUUCCCCAAAUGUGGUUCUUGUAAUGAGCAUUGGCUUUAUAGCAUUUGUUGCCAUCCUUCAUGUGGUGGGCAAGCUGUAUUUUGUGCGUAGGGAGGCUUAGGGGAUAGGCAAGAAGUUAAGUUCAUUUUUAGAUUUUUAAUUCAGUGUCUUUAAUGGUAUUUAGAUUUUUUGUUGUGGGAUGCAUCCUUCCCUUUGCUGUUAUUAGAACCACAUCGUUACCAGAAUAUUGCCAAUUGAUAAUGACUUCAAGGGACAAUUAGCAUGCUUGAAAUUUAAGAUUUGGUUGAGGAAAUCACAUGGUAGUGAAUCAUUUAGUAUUGUAUUUGAAAACAACCUGAUUCUUUUUGGUAGAAUAAAUUGCAGAAGGAAGCUCUUUUCUGCAUUUUGUGAUUUGAGUUAUGAUGAAGUCAUAACUGGUUUGGAACUGCAAGUAUA